CAAUGUUCCUUUUGAUAGUGUGGCUAAAGUUGCGGCCAUCGCUUCGAUGUGUGUACAACCAGAGGUUUCAGAUCGUCCUUUCAUGGACGAGGUUGUUCAGGCUUUAAAACUUGUGUGUAAUGAAUGUGAUGAAGCAAAAGAGGCAGGUUCAACAAGUUCUAGCAAAGACGAUUUAUCUUAUGAUUUCAAUGCUGCUUCUGAACAACAAUCCAAUAAUUUCCAAAGCCAUUUCACAGCGGGUAACUAUGAUUUCGGAGUUGAUAUCAAAAAUGGAUUGUCAGCGUCAGAGAUAUUCAGCUCAUCAGCAAGAUUUGGAAGGCAAGUAUCUGGAUCAUUUAGAAGACAUUCAUAUUCUGGUCCUCUAAGAACUGUAAGAAGCAAGCAGUUAUGGCAGAUAAUUUGAAAGCUUUCUGGCGGUACUGUUAGUGAACACGGGGAUAUGUUCAAGUAAGCGCCACGUCUUGAUUAAGCCAUUGAAUUUUCUCUGUGCAUAUUGCUCUUCCGCAAUCUGUUAAUUUGCAGUUCACAGAUCAGAACUGUGCCUUGAAGUUUGACAAAAGAAUAGAAACAAGAUGUAAAUAAAGUGACUUUCUUUUUUGCUAACCUACAAAAGAAGAGCAGAAGCAAUGUGAAUCUAGCUUUAAUAUUAGAUUAUUACUGAAAAAAUUGGACUUUACUAAAACCUUUAUUGUCAUAGUUUUGUAAAUUAUUUUGUGCUGAUAAUUAUGUGUAAGAACCGAGUAACCUAGUGGUG